AUGGCAAAGACAAGAAGAACUAACGUAGAAGACCACCAGUCCGAAGAUGAACACAGGUCCGGGGUAGAGAACGCUGAGACGGUAGAAGAGAUAAAUUUGACCGAUAUGGUACGUCAAAUGAAAGAAGAAAUGGCCGCCAUGAGGCAGCAACGGGAGAAAGAUGCUGAAGAGAUGGUCGCGCUACGACAAGAGAAUGAUGCUCUCAAAAACCAGUACCGGGAUCCCACGUGGAAACCCUCUAAGAUGACCCACACUCAGGGGUCAUUUCACUCGCUCGACCAUCACACCUCUAUCCCUCACACUUCUGUUGCAGCCCCAGGCAUUCAUGCUUCGGUCGGCCGACCGAUACAACCAAUGCCGACCAGAGCACACCGACACCCCUUCUCCCCAAACAUCAUGCAGUCUUCACUCCUUGACCAUUGGAAGUCCUUGCCACUCGACAAGUACGAUGGUACAACCGACCCAGAUGAGCAUGUGGACGUGUUCUUAACUCAGGUUACUCUGAGCACUACUGAUGACGCCGCCUUGUGUCGAAUCUUCCCAACGUCAUUGAAAGGGCGAGCGCUGAGCUGGUUUACUCGGCUUCCUGCUAACUCGAUUGACUCGUUCAACACGUUAGCUUCCCAAUUCACCAUUCAAGUCGCUACAAGCCGAUCCCACCAGUUGACCUCUUUGGCAUUAGUUAGUAUCUGUCAGGAGAAAAAGGAAUCCCUCCGGGCAUUCAUAAGCCGGUUUAACAAAGCGGCGCUCGAAAUCCGAGACCUGAACCCCGCUGUAGCUCUACACCACCUCACCACAGCUUUGAAACCAGGGCCCUUCGCCAACAACAUUUGCAAGAAACCUCCCACUGACAUGGAUGACUUGCAUCGGCGAGCCAACAAAUACAUGCAGAUGGAAGAAUUAGCUGAGUUCCGUAACCAAGCCCGGGCGGAGGUGUCGGCAAAACCUGACAAGCAGGCCGAGAAUAAUUUUCGGAGCCGUCCGAAAGAGCUAAUUCCCUGA